CACUGCGCAGGCGCGGCCCGCGAGCGUGGGUCUUCUAGAGGCAGUCGGGCUGCGGGCUCCGGAACGCUGGGGUUUGCGGCCUGCGUUCGGCCACCUCCAGCUGCGCAUUACUGAGGCAGCGAGGCGCAGCGAGACGAGCCUCCCCGCUCUCUGGGCAGCGUGACCAUGGAGAAUCAGGUGCUGACGCCGCACGUCUACUGGGCUCAGCGACACCGAGAGCUGUAUCUGCGCGUAGAGCUGAGUGAUGUUCAGAAUCCUGCCAUCAGCAUCAGUGAAAAUGUGCUGCAUUUCAAAGCUCAGGGACAUGGUGCCAAAGGAGACAAUGUCUAUGAAUUUCACCUGGAGUUCCUAGACCUUGUAAAGCCAGAGCCGGUUUACAAACUGACCCAGAGGCAGGUAAACAUUACGGUUCAGAAGAAGGUGAGUCAGUGGUGGGAGAGGCUCACCAAGCAGGAGAAGCGCCCACUGUUUUUAGCUCCUGACUUUGAUCGCUGGCUGGAUGAAUCUGAUGCAGAAAUGGAACUCAGAGCUAAGGAAGAAGAACGCCUAAAUAAACUCAGACUAGAAAGUGAAGGCUCCCCUGAAACUCUUACAAGCUUGAAGAAAGGAUACCUGUUCAUGUAUAAUCUUGUGCAGUUCUUGGGAUUCUCCUGGAUCUUUGUCAACCUGACAGUGCGGUUUUGUAUCUUGGGAAAAGAGUCCUUUUAUGACACAUUCCACGCCGUGGCUGACAUGGUGUACUUCUGCCAGAUGCUGUCUGUUGUGGAGACUAUCAAUGCAGUGAUUGGUGUCACCAGCUCACCAGUGAUGCCUUCCCUCAUACAGCUUCUUGGAAGAAAUUUUAUUUUGUUUAUUAUCUUUGGCACCACGGAAGAAAUGCAAAACAAAGCUGUGGUUUUCUUUGUGUUUUAUGCAUGGAGUGCAACUGAAAUUUUCAGGUACCCCUUCUACAUGCUUUCUUGCAUUGACAUGGAUUGGAAGGUGCUCACAUGGCUUCGUUACACUGUGUGGAUUCCCCUGUACCCUCUGGGAUGUUUGGCAGAAGCGGUCUCAGUGAUCCAGUCUAUUCCAGUAUUUAAUGAGACAGGAAGAUUCAGUUUUACAUUGCCAUAUCCAGUGAAAAUCAAAGUUAGAUUUUCCUUCUUCCUUCAGAUUUAUCUUAUACUGUUAUUUUUAGGGCUGUAUAUAAAUUUUCGUCACCUUUAUAAACAGCGCAGGCGGCGCUAUGGACAAAAAAAGAAAAAGGUCCACUAAAGAGAGAUUUAGAUAGCUUCUUGCCAGUUUGAGCCUAAUCUAUGAUUCUUACUGUUUUACCUUCUUGUACUGAUGUAAAAGUUUUUUUAAAGUUAAAGAAUGGAAUUCUCAGUGAAGCUAUC